UGUCUAGCAGCAAACAGUCUCAGCUCUCUGUACAGAUAUCCAGAGCCUCCGCACUGUGACACACGACAGGUCUGACCUGCACUUUAGAAAGUCGCCACUGUUCCUUGAUUAAAACGACUUGACUUCUUCCUAAAAGGCACCGACAACAACCAUUCGUGGAGUUGCAGAUGGGGGUUUGUGCGGUCUGGAUUUUCCUCGUCUUGCAACAGUAUAUUUCAGCUCAAGUUUCCUCGGCAGCCGAGGUGAAGGAAGCCAGAGCCCAGAAAUGGAAACAGAGGAACCGCAAACUGGGGUCCAACGAGGUGCAGGAACUACGCCCAGAUGCCACGGAGUGGACCUCCUGGUUCAACAUCGACCACCCGGGGGGGAACGGGGACUUUGAGCGGCUGGAGGCGAUCCGCUUCUACUACCGCGAGCGCCUGUGCGCGCGGCCGACGGCCAUGGAGGCGCGCACCACCGACUGGGUGAAGGCAGAGCAUACGGGCGAGGUGGUCCAUCACAGCCCAGACCGCGGCUUCUGGUGUGUCAAUAAGGAGCAGCCUCAUGGCCGGAUCUGUUCCAACUACCAUAUACGCUUCAGGUGCCCCUUAGUUCACAACCGCUGGUCACAGUGGUCGGAGUGGAGUCCGUGUUCAGCCAUGUCGUGCGGUGCUCCAGGUAUCCAAGCACGGCAGCGCACCUGCACCAACAACCUGCGAUUCCGUCGCCUCAUCUUUCCCAGGUGCAAGGGGAAGGCCAUCGAGAAGCGGAAAUGCACCAUGCCCGCAUGUCAAGAGGCGCGUUGGUCGGAGUGGGCAUCUUGGACGGCAUGUUCGGUCAGUUGCGGCAGCGGGCAUUCCCUGCGACAUCGGAACUGCAUCCGGACCGCGGGCGAGCAGGUUUGUGUCGGACGCACAACCGAAGUCAAAAGAUGCAUUGGGGAACCUUGCUCAGAGUGCCCACACGCGUGUCGGACGAGCGGCGUGGGCGGCGAAUGCCGCGGCUGCGUUUGUGCCCAACACGUGCUGGCAGGGACGGUCCGCUCGACAGACGGGGCUGCCAUCUCCGGCAGCACGGUGGCCACGGUGGAACAGCCUCUCGUCACGCUGGCAACGACCGACCAUGCCGGCUGGUUCCACAUCGACGGCGUGUGUGCCCACGCACGGACACGUCUGCUGGUCCAACACAAGAAAUAUGCUCCAUCCGUCUUCCACUCUGUGCAGAACAGCUCAGACACUUCCAUCAUCAACGCCACACUCACCAAACUGGAAAGCCCUUAUAUCGUGAAGUACCCGGAGUCCAAAGUGCGGUUUGAGGAUCAGCAGGUGGCGUUCUGCUGCAGAGCCACGGGGGCUCCAACGCCACUGAAAUAUUUCUGGUACCACAACGGCACACAACUGGACACAGAGCAUGACAGAACUCUCAUGCUGAGGAAGCUGAAGAGGCGGCAGGGAGGUGUGUACCAAUGCAACGCCACCAAUGGCUUUGGCUCCAUCUUAUCGGCUCCAGCGACUCUCACAGUCAUCGCCAAGGGGCAGCCGAGCUGCAGGCGGCAGCCGCUGGAGCGCUUGAUCAAGCUGCCAGAUGACUGUUUGCAGGCCGCCAGCGGUACCUUCUACCACGACGUGGGCCGCUGCCCCAGCCUGGCAUGUGCGGGGAGCCUGGGCGACGAGCUGAGGUGUAAGGACGGCAAGGGCUACUGCUGUGGGGUGAAGCGGAUAGAUCUGCGGGAGAUCCCGUGCCAGGGCUACACCCUGCCGGUCAAGGUGGUGACCGAGUGCGGCUGCCAGAGGUGCCAGGAACCCCGGGUGUCGGUGCGAGGACAGGCGUCGGCGGCGGACAACGGGGAACCUCUCCGCUUCGGCCAGAUCUACAUCGGCGGCGAGCAAGUGGGGCUGACGGGCUACCGCGGCACAUUCACCAUCCCGGUCCCCGCAGAGACGGACAGGCUGGUGGUGAGGUUUGUGGACGGCUCGGGCAAGUUUGUGGACACGGUCAAAGUCUUUCCCUUCGAUCGCCGGAGCGGCGCGGUGUAUUUCCAGGUGAAGCUGCUGAGGAAAUCGGAGGCCAUCGAGGUGGAUUCCACCCAAGGCGUCACCAUACCUCUGGGGGAGAUGCGAGGUCAGGACACUAUUGGGGAGCUGGAAAUCCCAGCCAAUUCCUUCCGCCGGCGCGACGGGCAACUCUACAGCGGGAAGGUUAAAGCCAGUGUGACUUUCUUGGACCCGAGGAACAUCAGCCUGGCCAUGGCCGCGUCCAGCGACCUCAACUUUGUGGACCAGCGAGGGGACGUGAAACCACUGCGGACUUACGGCAUGUUCACUGCGGACUUCCGAGAGGAAUCGUCCGGCCUGCCCCUAGACGCGGAAGGGGUGCGGGUCUACCUGGACACGGCCAGCGUGAAGAUGUUGGAGCAUGUGCGGCAGAUGAGGCUCUGGUCCCUCAACCCCGACACCGGCUUCUGGGAGGAGGAGAGCAUCCUCCACGCCCCGGGGAGCGAGGGGGGCAAGAGGAGGAACAAGAGGGAGGAGAGGACCUUCCUGGUGGGCAACCUGGAGAUCCGGGAGCGUCGCCUCUUCAACCUGGAUGUCCCCGAGAGCCGGCGAUGCUAUGUCAAGGUGCGGGCUUACAUGAGCGACAAGUUCCUACCGGGGGAACAGCUGGAGGGGGUGGUGGUGUCGCUCAUCAACCUGGAGCCGCUGCCCGGGUACAAGGCCAACCCGCGGGCCUGGGGCCGCUUCGACAGCGUGAUCACCGGACCCAACGGGGCCUGCCUGCCCGCCUUCUGCGAUGCCGAGCGGCCGGACGCCUACACCGCCUACGUGACGGCCACCCUGAGCGCGGAGGAGCUGGAGGCCGCCCCCUCGGCCCCCAAGAUGAACCCCAACGUGGUCGGGGUUCCCCAGCCACUGCUGGCCAAGCUGGACUACAGGAGAAGCGACCAUGAGGAUGAGCAGCUGAAGAAGACGGCCUUCAAGAUCAACUUGCCCAAACCCAGCGCGGAGGAGGGCGAUGGGCCGAUCUACCCCUACCAGAACAUGAGGCAGUGCGAGGAUGCUACAGUCUCCUCCAACCACUUCAGGUUCUACAAGGUGGAGGUGGACAAGUACGAGUACAACGUGGUUCCUUUCCAGGAGGACGACUUGACCAGUUGGGUGGGCGACCAUCUGUCCUGGUGGCCGAACCCCCAGGAGUUCCGGGCUUGCUACAUCAAGGUGCGCGUGUCGGGGCCGGAGGAGGUGAUGGUCAGGUCGCGCAACAGCGGCGGCAACAACCCUCACACCACCGGGAAACUCUACGGCAUCCGCGACUCCCGCAGCGUGCGCGACCUGCUACGACCCAGCGUGUCGUCGGCCUGCGUGGAGUUUAAAUGCGGCGGCAUGUUGUUCGAUCAGAGUGGGGUGGAUCGUACCCUGGUCACCGUUACUCCACAAGGCAGCUGCCGGCACACCGCCACCAACAGCCUCCUGCGGGAGUACCUGCGCCGGCACCCGCCCCACGCACGCCAAGGCCACGACAACGACACGACCGCCUUCAGCAUGCUGGCGCCAGUCGAUCCGCUGGGACACAACUACGGCAUCUACACUGUCAGCGACCAGAACCCGCGGCUGGCCAAGGAGAUCGCCAUCGGCCGCUGCUACCACGGCACCUCCGACGGCUUCUCCCGGGCCAUGAAGGUGGACGCUGGCACCGCCCUCACCUUCACCUGCAUGGAGAAGGCAGUGAGUCGCCAGAGCCUCUUCCAGCGCCUCCAGAACUCGCCCACCGACACCGUGGCCCAGAUCGGGGCGGAGAUGAGGAGACUGGUCCAGACACGGCCUGGCCCAGCUCGGGUCAUUGCCUAUCCCUCUGUUCAAAGAAACCGCAGGACCAGGGCAGGCCAGAGGAGGAACAGACCGCAGUAGAUAGCGUGGACCUUCCUUGGCCCAGGCUCAAUGUAAACUCUGUACAUGGUGAACUCUGCAGCUCGUGUUCUAAGUGACUUUAAGAUUAAAAAAAAACAUUUUAAACCAAGAAGUGAAGAAUUCGACAGUGGAGGCCAAUUCACUGGA